AUGUCUUCCAGGGUAGCUGGCUCGUACAAGAAGGCGCACACGCUAGAGGCGCGCCUGCGCGACGCGGAGAAGGUUCGCGAGCGUGCUCCCGAUCGCAUUCUCGUCAUCUGCGAAAAGGCAGAGAACUCCCCCGUACCUGAUCUGGAUAAGAGUAAGUUUUUGGUACCGCCGGACGCGACCGUUGGUGGUUUCCUCGUGAGCAUCCGCCGCCGCAUCACCAUGGAAGCUGAGAAGGCGCUCUUUCUCUUUGUGGGCGACAGUGUGCCGGCCAACAGCACCCUCAUGAGCGACCUCUUCAACCGUUACAAGGAUGAGGACGGGUUCUUGUACGUCACGUACUCUGGCGAGAACACAUACGGUUGA